AAAAUACUUAACAUGGUUGGACUUGCCAGAUCGGGAAUUUUUUCUGGGAAAGGUGGCAGCCCUGUCUGCUUGCUAAUGUUUUUAUUUUGUUUUGUAUUCGGCAUUUAAACAUUCAAUUAAAGUGACAUCAGAUGCAACCUUUUAUUGUUAUUCGCAACUACCGGGAAGAUGACGAGCUCAAAUGCCAGGAGCUGGUGCGGGAUUACAUUAUGUCAUUCUCGACAAAAUCAUUCUUUAUCUUCUGUUUUCGAGAGAUAACACUGCAGUUCAUAGUCAUCACUUGGGCCAUAUUUUUCAUUUUUCUGGGAGUGCCGCUGCUAUUCUGCGUCCUUACAAUACCCGGCUGCAUAUUCUUUCUAUUCACGAGCACCUACUUCUCCUUUUACGCCAAGGCUGUGGAACUAAUGAGGAUGAAGCCGUCACAAUCAUUAGUCGCCGAGUGCUAUGAACCGUUCAUAUUUCGCUGCGCACCCAACGAGGCUAGUUAUCAGAUAUUUAUGGAUAAUGUUCCAUUUGAAGAGGCUUACAAGAAUAAAUUUCGACGACGCAUUGUGGCCACGAUUAGUGUAAAGAAUCAUAAUGCCGUAUACAAUGCGGCCUGGAUAUAUCGUUUUGCCGUUGCUAAGAACUAUCCGCUUCAAAAGAUCAUGGAGCCAAUGAUUAACCUGGUCUCAAAGAACUGUGUCAAUGCCGGCUACGCCUCCCUCGAGUGCACCAUAUCUGAGUGGCAGGAAAGCGAACGUGACUUCUAUGACGAUCUCGGCUUUGUCACACGACAAAUCUAUCACAAACAGAUCAUCGGCAGCAGCUUGACGGUGAUGAAGACGCAGCUGACGUACAAUCUACGCACAGAUGACACGUUGCAAAAGCAAAACUAGUGCAAAGCAAUCUCCUCCAGCAAGAGAAUCUCGGAAAAACUGUGAAACAUAGAGCAAUAUAUAUUUAUGUACUUCUAAUUACAUUCCAGUCACGCGAUGUGUCCUGUAUCCUCUGCACAAUGCCAACGAAUUUAUGUAACUUCAGAGACACCGCACACAAAAUACAUUGUAUUGUAAAAAAAAGAAAUAACGUUUGAUGUUGCUUCGUUUUGUCCUGUUUUAUUAUAUCUUGUUUAUUCUUUGACAUAUUCUAUUUAAAUAAAUAAAAUACAUAGUAAUAAAUAAAA